CAGAGCCAUUCUAUCUGCUGGAUUAUUCAUUGCUGGUAAGUUACGGUAAAUAUUUAUUGUUCAGAUUACUAAUAAGGGUAACAUAAUCACCCUAAGAUCACCCGAGUGAUGGAACAUUUAAUUAUGCUUCAUAUUAUUUCCGAUUUAAAGUUGAAUUUUUAAAAACUUUUUAGGUAUGUAUUUAUUUUUUUCCAGCAAUUUCUCUAACAUUAUACUUGACUUAAUCGUGAAUCGAAUUCUCACAAAAAGAUUAAAGAUAAUGUGUCAAUAAGUUUGCUGGGAUAAAGUAUCUAGAUUAACUCCAAACUUGAAUUAGCAAGCUUUUCUUUUUUUUAAAAAAAAACACUAUUUAACUAAAAAAAAGACAUGUUCAUAUAAUAUUCUUUGUAUUUUCUUGUCGGGUCGUACCUCUAAGCACAAUUUAAGCACUUUAUUUGUUGUUGCUAGUAGGCACAGUUGGCAUCUUUUAGCGUGAUCGCAGUAUCUCCCCAGCAUCCCCCCUCCCCUUCCCCACAUAUUUUUUUGGCUAUAAUUAGUCUGUUAGACAGGGAUUUAAAUAGCCAGCAGCAUUCUGAUUUUAUAGUCUCUUGUUUUGGGUGGUAUGUAGGCCGGGUAUUGUUUGUACACGUAUGUGUUUUUCCCUCAUUCUUUCAAUAUCUUCGAAAAAUGAUGACGUCACUCACUCAUUUUUUUUUUUUUUUUGAUGUUGUUUUCUACAUAAAAAUCAAUUUAAUCCUAAUACCUAGGAGACUUAAUCUUACAGAAAUCUUUACAAGCUUCAACUAGCAUAUUGAAAGAAUUUUGCUAUCUUUGCUUUAAAAAUAGUGAUUAACAGAUCGUUGUUUUAAUGAAUGUUUGUCUUAUCCCACGUGUAGUGGAAUUAAAUGGAGAACCCUUAAUGUGAAAUGGAUAAGCACUGUACACUAUUGCCUGCCUAUGACUCUUCAGCAGGAACACACAUUUCGAUUGUCAAAAGAUUACGUCUAUUUUUACCGACUGUAUUAAAAAAAUGUAAUUAUACUUAAAGUGCAGGUUUGAGUGUAGCCUACUUACUCUAAAUUUGCAAGAAACGGCGCUUGAUCGGUCUGUGCAAUUUUGACAUGAUUAGCCACAAAACGAUAGGGUGAUUGAGCUUUUUAAAUUUAGGAUGACUACAAUUGUAAUAUUUUGCAAAGAUGUAGACCUUACGAUAUCCUAUAUUUUAAUUGUAUGAUCCCUAAACUAUCAUCCUCAUACAAAGAUUAAGAACGUAGCCGAAUGUUAUGCAACAUAUUUUUAAUGAAUGCAUUCAAUCUAAAUAUUAUGUAAAGUUAUUAGUAUAACUCUAACAACUUAUCUAGGCCUUGAAGACAUGUAAGUCUUAUGACACCGCCUUUUGGAUUUGGCCCCGAGAAUGAUAUGAUACGUCGUUUCCUAGUGUUAGUGUUCUGCAUUUGUCCUUUUUUCCCCUUCUUCUCCAGCCCAGUGUCAACUCUUAGACAGGUCAGAGUUUGGAGACGGAGAGUCAUUCAAUCUGACAUGUGAUAUUAGAAGGAUUGGCAACGUUCCACAGGAAGUGACAAGAAUUAAUAUUUUGUCCAUUGAGAGAGCCGUGGGCUCAAGUACACAGGCUGCAGAUAUUGCUAUAUACUCUUCGAUUCCUUCAGAAUACCUUCAAAGUGUAAGAGAUUAAGACAUGAUCUCAUCAUUUAAUGACAAUGGAGCACAACGGCAUCGUUCAUUUCUCUUCAUUCAACUCAAUAUGGAUUUUGUGUAAUGUCAGACACCCCUUCAAAUCUCAAUCUCAUUUCUCACAACAUUUUAAGAAAAUUAUAAGAACUUUAUCAAUGAGUUGCUCACCACUGUAGAAUUAAUUUAAGAAGUCUCUCAUUUAUUUUCAAAUUUGUGUUAUAUUUUAAAGUAAAUACGGUCCCUCCUGCAUUCAUAUGUCUCUGAUUAUAAUUGUUCAUAAUCGUUUUUCUUCUUAAUCAUUAUGGACUUUAUCAAUGUCUGACUCUGAUAUUACUUUUAAUGUUUCAUAAUCAUUCAUCGAGUUCUUGUUUUUAAGUAUUUGGAUAUUUUCAGAUUUUUUUUUCCAGAACAGCCUUAAAGAUGUAAAAUUAUUGCUGUUUGUAUCUAUUAAUAGUAUAAUAUUUUCAAAAAAAUAUCUUCAUCAUCAUGUAUUUAUGUGUUUAUUUUUCCUUCAGUAUAUUCCAAAUGGUAGAUUGUGGGUGAUUGGAGGAUCUGGUGGGAGAGGCUCCGACAACAGGGCAACGAUAACACUGACACUUUAUGUGCCAGAUGCUAAAUGCUCUGAUGCAGGAUUAUACAGCUGUGACGCCGGCUUUGCUCCAGUAGGUGGUAUUUCGGCAGCCAGCCGUUCUCAGACAAUAACAUAUAAAGGUGAGGUUGCUUUCUUCAUUGGUCUUAUUGGGUGAGUCAGGCCCCUGGUUUAGAUUUACAGAGCUUGAAUGAGACGUCUUUUUGAACUUAUUCGUUUCUACCAGUGCUUGUUUGAUUCUCCAUGUUAUUACAAUUAUCAACCGUUUCAUGAUAAAAGAGGCCUACUCCCGAGACUUAGUGUUGCUGAUUAGGUUGACCUACUUUUGAAAGUCCGCAGCCUAAAUGCCCAAAUUUAUUUUUGUUCCUAGCAUUGAUUUUCUUCUCACACAGUUGCCAUCUGGCCUUGAUUUUCUUCGCACACAGUUGCCAUCUGGCCUUGAUUUUCUUCUCACACAGUUGCCAUCCGGCAUGCCCACUCUCAUUUAGAUACACAAUAUUUGUUGGACGUGUCAGUGGAAAUAGUUUAUACUGAUAAAUUUCUCCAUCUCUCCAUCUUUCAUGCAUUCACUUUAACGAUGAGGGUAGAUGAAGAGAGGUGGAGUGAAAAUGUUGGUUUUAGUGAGAUUGUGACGCAGAAUUUGAUCGUGUGAACUGAACAUAAAAUUCGACCAAAAUUCCGUUCGAUCAACCUCCCGUCGACGAAAUUUCUUUCAAACAAAUUUCCUGAAAAGAAUUUAUUUAGUAUGCUAAAAAAAACACCCUAGAAACGCAGCAACGUGUCAAGGGAAUGAGAGAGGAGUCGGGGAAGAAUAUACAACAUUCUAGUACUUGGGUUAUUUAAAAGCUUAUUUCAAUGGUUAUAACCGAUUACUUAUUGCUCAACAUUAGAGCCAUUGGUAUCGACCAGCCAAUCCCCGAUUUCGGUCACAUCGGGUACUUACUGACCAAAUUGGGACAAGGUAAAUCUAGUCUUGAUUAAAAAGAUUUUUUGGCGCAAAAUAAUGACUUUGAAGGACAUUUUGUUUUAAAAAUGUACAAACAAUUGAUCUUUUCUCAUUGUAACUGUAAGACGCCAUUUUUUUAAAAAAAAGAUACUCAAACGGGAAGGUUACAUAGAUCGGAAGUGGAAGACCUACCGGUCAGUCUCACAUCAGCACAUCACAUUUUCGAACGGGGAUUCCAGCCGUUUCUAGCAGUGGCUGGUCAAAGCAGCGUAUACACUGGUCAUUCAGAGCUGUCCUUCUCUUAGAUGAGUUGCGCUCCAAGGCUUAUGAGUCCCAUCCACCCGGGGUGGUUUGAACUCGAGACCACCAGCUACUUGGUUUGAGACAGUUUAGACCACUCGGCCACCCGGCAACCAAGUUGCCAAAGUGUGAAAAAAGUCAACAAUUUAAGAAAUAAGCUGAAAUUCGGGUUUAGACAGUAACAUGAUAUAUAAAUAAGCCUAGUAAUUUAAAAACAAAUGUGUUAAUUUUUUUUAAUUCGAACUUACUUAUAACGAAAUUAUUAUUUUUUCAUCUCUAGACUAAGAGAUACACGCGUUUACCCAGUUAUUCUAGUUUCGUAAAACUAUGGUAUGAUGUUUUGUUUUGGUUGUCUAGGUGAGUAUUGUUUGCAGUAGAUAGUCAUAAUAAUCAAGCAUGUACAAAAUGUAUUUAAAGUGAGCGCCUGUUGGAGAAACACACAAAGAAUCUCAACAGCUUUUACAUCAUCUUAACAAAUUAUUUUAAAGAAAUCGAAUUGUUUGUUUAUUUAUCAUUUGGUUACUGUCCACCCAACAGCGAGAACAGAGGCACCAGUGCUUACAUUGGACCACCACAAUGGCAAUGCAUCUGACUUCCACACUAGCAUGAAGGGACAACUUGUCAAAUUAAGGUGUACCUUUCAGGUAGGUAAUAAAACAUGUAUUUUAAAAUCAAAAGUAUUUUUAUGUUUUAAAAAAAGUCAAUUUUUCCAAAUUAUACUAUUUUUCUUACGUAAUGUGGACCAAAGUAUUUUUUUAGCAAUGGUUUACCUUUGUAACGUAAAAUAUUGUGAUGUCAAUUAUUUAUAGACAAAUCAAUUUUAUUACCGGUAAUUAUUAUUAAACAUUUAAUUAUCUUUUACCAUAUAUUUAUAUAUAAGAAAAUAAAUAAUAAAUAUAGAUAGUGUUAAUGAGUUGAAAUCGACAAUGACCAACUGAAUGAUUACUUUAGCUAAUUGUGAACUUGGCCCUGGGUGCGCAGAUGGCUGAGUAGACCGGUUCUGCCACGAUAUGUCCUUUUUGCAGAAUUAACCAGGGAUCUUCUGGCAUGUCUGCUGUUCUCUUCAGCCGCUAUUCUGUUGGCUCUGUGUUGCAUGGAGCCAUGGUGUAAAAAGAAAAGACACGAUCUUCAAUCCUUGGUCUCGUCACUUCCAAUGUGUCCGUGUCUAUAUCGCACGCUUUCAGUGAGACUUAAGUGUGUCUUUAAAGCAAUUCAACUGUCCACUAGCAAAUAGCCCUCCAUACUUUAAGAGCUCCCCAUAAAUUAUUCCUUCUGACGCGCGGUCUUCUGGCACUGGCACAAUUUAUCCCGCCAGGCGAAUCUGGGACUGCAUCAAAGUGGUAAAGGUGCUGUGGAGACAUUCCUGUGAGAGUGCAUCGGUGUCUGGGACCAUGGCCCACUAUUUCUUCUUCUUCUUCUUCUAUAUCUUAAGGGCCCACGAUCAAUUUAUUGAUCAUUUUGGCUCCUAUGCAUGUAGAUGGGAUUUGCAAUGUUUCUGUUACUGGUGGUGAUGAGGAAAUUAUGCACUAGGGGUUUGAAGGCAUUUGAUGUUUAGGAUUGUCGCAUGAAAUUCGAUCAACAUUGUUGCAUGGUGUUGAUGGGCUGUCCGUGUUUCCUGUGCGUAGAGAGCUACGCGGAGGACAUCCGCCUUGUAUAUUUCAUUUUAGUUUGAGUGAUGGUACUUCACCUGGUCCAUACAUUCAUGGGCAAUGCGCCAUAGGUUGCACUGGCGCUCGCAGUUCCGGAAGUUAACCUCGCCAUCGAUGGUACCUCUUUGGGACAGUGUGCUGCCAAAAGUCAGGAGAAUCUAUUGACCACUUUAAGACUUUCGCUGCACACUUUCACGUUGUGGCUUCGAGGCAUUGGUUUGGUAAAGGACCUCAGUGUGUUCAUUGUGAUAUUGAUGUUUUUGGCAAGCAUUGGAGUUAUUAAAAACACCGUGCUGUCUAUCAUGUUCCGUUCCAGCGUUUAGGGCCAACAUAAACACAUAUAUUGAUAAAAGUUAAUUUUUGUGUGUGAAAUAGUACGAAUCAGUUUUAAAAAAUGGCGAUAUAACAAUAUCAUUGGCUCUCUUUGUAUACUUCAUCUUUUAUCAGGGUUCAAUGGGUCUUGGAGUUACCUGGCUGACCGGUCCUAGCGGAGGAACCAACUAUGCGACCGUUCCGUUGGACCAUGAUAUUACGACGGUGACACCCAGGCCUACCAGUGACCCUUGUUUUUACGGCGAAUAUGUGUCCACCUUGACGUUCAAGGUACCUGGUGUUGACACUACGUACAUUUGUGUGGUGAAAGAUGGUGAUGAUGAAGCCACCCGAAAGAACUUCAAUAUUGUUAUUAAACCAAGUAGGCCAAACCAUUUUUAAAAAUUAAGUAAUAUUUUUUAUAACUUCUCUUUUUAAAUAAUGAAUAAAUUAUAUCAUUUGCAGAUGUUAAAAAGUUAGUUCGUCCAUGAAAAAAUCGAUCAUUAAACAUUUUAAAAAUAGUAUUGGUUAUUGGGUUAAACUGGCUCUGGGUGAUUGGGAUAAAUUUGGAUGGGGGUGCUAGUAAUGAAUGUGGCCCUGGGUACUGGGGCUGAAUCUGGCUGUGUGUGCUGGGGAUGAAUCUAAGUGUGGGUGCUGGGGUUGAAUCUGGCUUUGGGCUGGGGCUGAAAAGGGCUAUGGCUGCUGGGGGUGAAUCUGACUGUGGCUGCUGGGGGUGAAUCUGACUGUGGGUGCUGGGGGUGAAUCUGACUGUGGCUGCUGGGGGUGAAUCUGAGUGUGGGUGCUGGGAAUAAAUUUUUCUGUUUGGGAUUGGGCUGAACUGGCUGUCUGUGCUGGUGUUGAAUCUUUCUGUGGAUGAUGGGGCUGAAUCCAGCUGUGUGUGCUAGGGUGUGCUGAGGGCUGAUCAUGCCGUUUGUGGAAUGCAAUUUUCUUGUAAAAGGUCUAGGGGAUGCGUGGGAUAUGUCAAGGUGCGGAGUUCACUCUGUUUAAAUUUUGUUGUUGUUGCUAGACACCAGCUAUUAUGUUAGCCUCGUGUUGCAUGAAGCCUGUGUGCAGGGGGAGCGCCACGUGUCUCCAUGCAGUUCUGACAGUUCCAUUGUGUUCGGGUUCAUUGUGAAGAGCUGAGAAUUGGGGUUUUGAGUGUGUCUUCAAAACUCUUAUGAUGUACCCCAUGCCGCCAAAUCAAACCGCUUUCCCUGAUUAAGUUUUCAUAACAAUAGAAUUAUAACAAAGGGACACAGAAAAAAACAAUAGAAUUAUAACAAAGGGACACAUACCAAAACAAUAGAAACAUAACAAAGGGACACAGACCAAAGCAAUAGAAACAUAACAAAGGGACACAGACCAAAACAAUAGAAACAUAUCAAAGGGACACAGACCAAAACAAUAGAAACAUAGCAAAGGGACACAGACCAAAACAAUAGAAACAUAGCAAAAUGACACAGACCAAAACAAUAGAAACAUAACAAAGGGACACAGACCAAAACAAUAGAAACAUAACAAAGGGACACAGACCAAAGCAAUAGAAACAUAGCAAAGGGACACAGACCAAAACAAUAGAAACAUAACAAAGGGACACAGACCAAAGCAAUAGAAACAUAACAAAGGGACACAGACCAAAACAAUAGAAACAUAACAAAGGGACACAGACCAAAGCAAUAGAAACAUAGCAAAGGGACACAGACCAAAACAAAGGAUGCAUAAAAAAAAUUUAAGUUCAUGGGUCAAUUUCUUCUGGUAAUAAUUUUUUGUUGGCGUAAAAAAAUAUGCACUACUCUUUACCGAUCAUGUACUACUAAAAAUUUGAUCAAUUACUAACUACAUUUCCAAUUCGUAUAGUACUUUUUACAUAGUGCCUCAGCUUUGAAACAUAUCAAAUAUAUUGUCUGAUUUAUGUGGAUUUAAUGAUAAGACAUUGAUAUUUCUUUUUUUUUAAAUUAAAGAUUUAAUCUCAACUUUUAAUUUUUUAAGCAAGUUAAUGUAAUGAUCAAAACAUUUUUAUAUAGUUACAAUUAUUGAUUUGUUCCUAGUUCGAUCUCCUUUUGGUCUGACUAAAGUGCCCCCCCCCCGGCCCGCCACUCUCUUAGUCCCCUACUAUCCACCCCAACCCCACCCCACCCCCAGUCGUUAGGGUGGGUCACUUAUUUGACGGAAAUAGUGAAUGUCAUCAUUCUUAAUUUGGCUAUAAUUUUUACAUUUUUCUUUAACAUGUAUGAUUACUGUCCAACAAACACCCCCCGUUCAGUGCACAGUUUCUACCUUCGGGACUUGGUCUGGUUGUCAAAAAGAAAGUGGGGAGGGCGGUGUCUUUUUUAUAUUCUACAAAUUUUCGUAUCAAUGUUUCUUCAUGUGAUUCUAAUAAAAUACCCCCUGGUGACAUCAGUCUAUGUGUUUUAAAGGCAGCAAAAGAGAUGAAUGUGUAAACCUAGUUAUUCCCGUUUCCCAUCACAAUCUUAAAAUGUCCCGAUAAGCCUGGACAUGUGUGAAACUUUUUCUUUGGUUUUUGUUUAGGAUGCUUGAUUAUUUCAUUAAGUCUUUCAGAAAUCUUAUAAAAUAUAGCUUAUACAUAAAAGAAUUAUCUUUGAUAUUCUAGCCAACCAGGGCACGCACUUGGGGAUCGUGGACCCACACUGGUUUGCCAGGAACAUGUUGGUAGUGGUGGCGGCGACGUUCCCGUGGUCUAGAUUUGUCUAGGGUCACCUGGACGAAGGAAAAAAAAAACAACUACUUGGCC